AUGCUGGACGAAAGCAUUCAGCAAGCACUGACCCGCGAAGAAACGCAAAUCGUCUUCGCCGCAUGGAAAAUGUUUGGCACACUGCACAAGACGUCAAUCUUGCCCUCAGGCUGGGCUUUGGCAGGAUCGCUCGCUGCAAUUGUACUGGCAUGGUUAUUCUCACGAAGAUUGCUAAGUCCUCUUCGACACAUACCUGCAGUCAAAGUCGACUGGCGAACUGCUCUCUAUGGAUGGACGUACAAAGAGCCCGAGCCAGCUGAAAUAUUGCAAUGGGUGAAGAAGCUGCCGGAGAACCACGAUCUCGUCCGAUAUCCAGGCAUAGGCGGAGCAGAGCGUGUGCUCAUCCUCAGUCCAAAUGCACUGCGAGAAGUCCUCAUCGAUAAGCCGUACAAUGACUUUCAGAAGCCGCCGCUCAACAGGCAGAGACUGGCCAUGUUCGGCAAUGGACUCUUGGUCUCAGACGGCGAGGAGCAUCGUGCACAGAAGAAGAAGAUGCUGCCUGCUUUUGCACCUCGAAAUAUUCGAGCGCUGGUUCCGACAAUGUGGUCCAAAGCGUGGAAGCUCGCAGAUUUACUCCGUGAAGACGUGCAGCGUAACGGUGCGGAUCUUGAGCUGACACCAUGGACAUCCCGAGCUGCUUUGGACAUCAUCGGAGUGGCUGCUUGGGGCAAAGAUUUCCACGCACUAGAGAAUCCUCGUACUGAGACUGUCAUGAGGUAUCAUCGUAUGUUUCGCGGCAGUCCUAAGGCGAAUCGUCAAGCCAAAUUGGCAUAUGCGGCUGGACUGGUGGUUCCUAUGAAGACGUUGGCCAAGUUUUUCCCUUGCGAGUUCUUUGAAAAUAUUGCCCGUGGAGCUCGAGCGAUCAAUGAAGCUUGUAGGAAAGCCAUUGCGGAUAGGCAUGCGAGCGAAUCUGAAGGGACGGACAUAUUGAGCUAUGCCAUGUCGACUGGGUCGUUCAAUGAUACAGAACUCGCUGGGCAGAUGUUGAAUGUUCUCGCAGCUGGUCACGAGACUUCAAGUCUGGCAGUGACAUGGGCCUGCUAUACGCUGGCGAAGAAUCCUGCUGUGCAAGAACGUCUCAGGGCUGAACUGCGUUCGUCGCUAUCCUCUGACAACAAUGCAGAGACGGAGGUCACAGCUGAGCUCCUGGAGUCGCUUCCAUACUUGCGGGCAGUAGUACGUGAGUGCCUACGCGUGAUCCCAACUGCGCCAGUCACUCGUCGCGAAGCCAAGCGAGACACUCAUAUUGCAGGCUUCGCCAUUCCAAACGGUACCAGUAUUAUUGGCCUGCACGAGCACUUCAAUACAAGAACGGAGGAAUGGGGGGCCGAUGCGAAGGAAUUCCGUCCUGAGAGAUGGCUCGACUCUGAAAGGCACGCCACAGACAAUCUCUUCAUGACGUUCAAUAUUGGACCCCGAAGCUGCAUUGGCCAGGGCUUUGCCAUUCUGGAAGUUUCUGCUUUGCUCGCGGCGAUUGUCAGGCGGUUCGACAUUCGGCUCACCGAUCCAGAUAUGAAGAUACGGUUGAUCUACAGUAUCACUGUCAAGCCGGUGGGCUUGAAGUUCCAUCUGAAACCGCUGGAGUAA